GAAAAUCGCGAGGGUUGCCCGAGAGGCGAGGUCCUCUCGGAAAAAUGUUGGUGUGGUAGCUAAUUCGAGCAUUUGUACAGCAGCGGACAGUCCUAACAAAACUAAAUGUGGUUUAUAUUGCAUGCUCCAUACGUUGAAGAUAUACACCAAAAUACGCCGAAGACCAAGCCAAUCAGUUGUUUUAGAGACCGCUGUUUUAGGAGGUUCGUGCUGACUGCUAUGUUUACAUUUUCGCGUGAGGGCCCCCCAGCUAGCUCUCUAGGUAGCAAUGCACAUUCACUGCAUGUUGUGUUGGACUUGAUCGUCUGUAAGCAAAUGACAACAACAUUAAAAACAGUAUAACGUGCAUGUAUAUACGUUUAUAGAGUUAUCUAUGUGACACAAGACAUGUUGAACUCGCACGUCCUAUCCCCGUGUCUUCAUCUCGAGUCGUGUAACGUUACUGUAGCUACAUUUAAAAAAAUAUUUAUUUAUUUAACCAGGCAAGUCAGUUAAGAACAUAUUCUUAUUUUCAAUGACGGCCUGGGAACAGUGGGUUAACUGCCUGUUCAGGGGCAGAACGACAGAUUUGUACCUUGUCAGCUCGGGGGUUUGAACUCGCAACCUUCCGGUUACUAGUCCAACGCUCUAACCACUAGGCUCUAGCCGCCCCGACAUCGACAUAAAUCCGGAUAUAUCCGUUUUUAUUCAAGUUAAAUAACUAAGGUAUUUGAGGUAUAAAUGUUAUGUUGAUGACAAAGUGUUAACAAAAGCAUCGCAUUAAAGCUGCACCUUCUGCAAGACCUCUGACCACUCCCGAAUCAGCAUCGUUUCUUUGGUUUGAAAACAAUCACAGCAGUAUUUUCUUCAGUUUAAAGUUAGAAUCUUUACCUUUUUUACGUGGUCAAAUAUGCCCAAAAAAAUCCUGAUCUUGAAUACAACGUUAGUCUACUAUACUGUAACUUUACUGUUGUCCUGUUUAACCUCCUGAUGUGUACAUGAUUCGUCAUGAUUGACAGCUGAGCUUCCAACUCUGGAACCUGGGUGACUUCACACAAACCUGAGCCAGGGAGAUUAAAGAUGUCGGAGAAGGUGCAGAACACCUUCAGGUUGCAGCUGUCCUCCGUCAUGGACUCCCUGCUCACUGCAGCCGUGGGUGAGAUCUCCAAGAUCUUUGAGGGCAGUCUGAGUGAGCAGCAGGCAGAGCUAAAGCAGAGUGUAGAGGAGAUCUCAGCAUUGAAGGGGAAGCUGAGGCUGGCAGAGAUGAGGUUGAAGGAGGGUGGGAAAAUAAAGGUGUUGGAUGGUACGGCUGCCAACACCUCUGGGCAAACAGUCACUGACGUGACGACAAUUGCUGAUAUAGAAGAAGUACCCGAUUGGUGCGAGCCCCUUCAGUCAGAAGAUUCUUUAAUUCCACCCUCGAAGAUCAAAAAGGAAAAUGAGUGGCCAUGGGUGGACCUGCGAACACUGAGUGUGUCUCUAUGGCGCAUCCCUAACAUCAAACAAGAGGCUGAAGAUUUUGAUAACCACUUGCUGACAGCCCUAGCUAGGAGUCCUCCAAGAAAAGGGUCUCCAGGGUCGGCUGCGGAGCGGUUGUUAAACAGACGGUUAAAAGACAUACCUGAACUGAGCGCGGCCUGGUCAGGGUAUGGUUGUGGCUCAGUAGGGCGGGGGCUGAGGAAGACCCAUGGUAGUCUGUUGUGCACAUUCAAACAAGAAAAUCCGGAACCCCAGAGCAGCGUCUUAUUAGAUAAGAAUGUCUUGAGGCACAGCACAAGACAUGGAAAAGAUUGUGACUUACAAAGCAAACACAGAGAGGGGACACAUGGGAUAACGAGUGACAUAGUGAAAAAAAAGGUAGGAAGGAGAAGAAAGCAUUUAAAAAUGGAACCUACUGUAGAGGAAGAAGUAACAACCAGUGGAACUGACAAGAGUUUCUGCUGCAAAUACUGUGGGAAGGGCUUUCACAGAGAGUUUGGUCUUUCUGUGCACAUGAGGUCUCAUAACAAGGGGACAUACAAAUGUCCUAAGUGUCCCAAAAAGUUUCCGUAUGCAAGUGCACUCCGUGUGCACACAUUGAACAGCCACGGCAAAACAGAAAAGAACAAACCUUGCUCUAAUGUCAAAGAAAAGUUGAACUCUAUCAACCACAAAGUGAAAUCCCUCUCCCUCAGCAGAACAAAGCCUACUUCCCCCAACAACAAACCUCUCUCUUCCAGCAAGGCCAAACCUCUACCCCCCAAAGACAAACCUACCUCCCCCAACAACAAAGCUGGCUCCCCUAAAGGCAGCACACAUCCUUGUCACGUUUGCCAUAAGGAGUACACUUCUGCAAAAUCCCUGCAGGACCACGAACACAUUCACACAGGUGAAAGACCGUACCCUUGUAACCAGUGUGGGCAGAGGUUCCGUGUAAAGCAGUUCCUGAUAUUACAUUUGCGUAAAGCCCAUGCGGAUGUGUACGGGGGUGAGGAGAGCAGCAGAUACUUCUCCUGGACUGCACCAGUGGAGGAUCCCAUUGCUAACAGUGCUGAGCAGCAACCUGCCAUUAAGUCAAAGAGCAAAGACGAUCGACGUGCAAAGGAAAACAGCAAACGGAAGCAAAUGCCAGAAACAGACGGCCUGUUUCAAUGCACAGUGUGUAAAAAGCUGCUAAGUUCACAGAUGAGCCUCGUUCAACACUUCCGCAUCCACACAGGUGAGAAACCGCUCAGCUGCGAAGAGUGCGGCAAGAAAUUCCGCUGUCACCCCAUCUUGAUCAGCCACAGGAAGUCCGCCCACCCCGGGAAGAAGUACCAAUGCCUCAGGUGUGUUCAGCAAUUUGAGACCAUGGCUGAACGUAAGAGACAUCUGCUACAAGUCCACCAAUUCAAGAAACCCAACCCGCGGUCCCGCUGUCCUCGCUGUAACAGGACUUUCCACAACAGUAACUCCCUGAGGAUCCACUAUGAAACUGUCCAUGCCUGAGUCUGUCCACACAUGGCUCGGCCUAGUCAAGUUGGAGUGUUCAGCAGGACCAGGAUCAAUUGCAUUCAGAAAGUCAGAUUGUUACGUCCAUUUGAAGUUACAUUUGUGAUUUGAAAAGUGCUGUUUAUUUUCAAUUAGUCUUUUUUGUCAUCAUUGACUGGCUGAGUGAAAAGCGAAUUGACCCCAACCCUGGUGGCCAAUGAAUUAACAUGAUGCUGAGAGAGGACUCUAAAAGUGCAAAAACGUGUGAUUUGGUGGUCAAUGUUUGUGAUAUGGUGAUCAAUAUGGGUAUCACUGAUCAAACUGUGAUAUGUGGUUGCAGGAUCACAUUUUUUUAAAGUCAGUGCCGGACCAGUUUAUGGCAUUUUUGAUUUCAACGUCUUGGAGCCAUGUUUUAUGUUUUUAGUUUCAUGUAAACACGUCUCUAUCAUUUCUAUGUUAUGACAAAUGUAACAUGUUAUUUGUACUGUACAUUCUCUAUGUUGUCAAGCAAAGCACAGGGAAUAUACUUUUGCUCCAUCAGUUUUUUUUUUUUUUUUUACAUGAAUAAAAUGUAUUUACUGGA